UGGCCGGGCUUCAGGACGCUGAACCCGCCGCAGCUUCAAAUCGUAGGAGUGGACACGAAGGGUGCAAAACGGGGUCCCUUCAUCGCGGUUGGAGCUGGGCCCUGGCAGCCUUUUCGCGGAGGUGCAGCGCCCUAGCAGCCGUGCCGCCGUGGGCCUUGGGUCCGCUUAGACCACCUAGACUACGCAGUGGCCCAGGAGCUGGAGGGAAGGUGUUGCGCGAGCUCUGGCCGCUGCCUUCGCAACACGGCCGAGGCCCCUGUCUCAACCUAGUUUCUUUUUUUCCCCUCUUCUGCAGGCUCGCUUCCGGCGUCAUGGCUCAAAGGGCCUUCCCGAAUCCUUAUGCCGAUUUUAACAAAUCCCUGGCCGAAGGCUACUUUGAUUCUGCCGGGAGGCUGACUCCUGAGUUCUCACAACGCUUGAACAAUAAGAUUCGAGAGCUGCUUCAGCAAAUGGAGAGGGGCUUGAAGUCGGCAGACCCCCGGGAUAGCACUGUUUAUACUGGCUGGGCAGGUAUCGCUCUGCUUUACUUACAUCUCUAUGAUGUGUUCGGGGACCCCGCUUACCUCCAGAUGGCACACGGCUACGUAAAGCGAAGUCUGAACAGUCUGACCAAGCGCUCCAUCACCUUCCUGUGUGGGGACGCAGGCCCCCUGGCGGUGGGCGCCGUGGUGUACCACAGGAUGAACAGUGAGAAGCAGGCAGAAGACUGCAUCACCCGGCUAAUUCACCUAAACAAGAUUGACCUCCAUGCUCCAAAUGAAAUGCUCUAUGGACGAAUGGGCUACAUCUGUGCUCUUCUCUUUGUGAAUAAGAACUUCGGAGUGGAAAAGAUUGCUCAAAGCCAUAUUCAGCAGAUUUGUGAAACAGUCUUAACCUCUGGAGAGACCCUCGCCAGAAAGAGAAACUUCACAGCAAAGACUCCACUGAUGUAUGAAUGGUACCAAGAAUAUUAUGUGGGGGCUGCUCAUGGCCUGGCAGGAAUUUAUUACUACCUGAUGCAGCCCAGCCUUCAAGUGAACCAUGUGAAGUUACAAAGUUUGGUCAAGCCCAGUGUAGAUUAUGUCUGCCAGCUGAAAUUUCCUUCUGGCAAUUAUCCUCCGUGUGUGGAUGAUAAUCGAGAUCUUCUAGUCCAUUGGUGUCACGGUGCACCUGGAGUGAUCUACAUGCUCAUCCAGGCCUAUAAGGUGUUCCGAGAGGAACAGUACCUCAGCGACGCCUACCAGUGUGCUGAUGUGAUCUGGCAGUAUGGAUUGCUGAGGAAGGGGUACGGGUUGUGCCACGGCACUGCGGGGAAUGCCUAUGCCUUCCUCACGCUCUAUAACCUCACGCAGGACAAGAAGUACCUGUACAGGGCCUGUAAGUUUGCUGAGUGGUGCUUAGAUUACGGAGAACACGGUUGCAGAACGCCGGACACCCCCUUCUCCCUCUUCGAAGGAAUGGCUGGCACAAUCUAUUUCCUGGCUGACCUCCUAGUGCCCACAAAAGCCAAGUUCCCUGCGUUUGAACUAUAAAAGGAAAGCCUGCCCCCUGCAAUGCGCUGCAUGACCCUUUCUGUAUAUCAGACCUGGACUAAGUGCUUUCAUUGCUUUUCAAGGAAACGUAGAGUCAAACUGUGUACUCCAUUGAGUUGAGUUGUUGUUGUUUUUCAGAACUUGUCUUUGGUUCCUUUUGUUUAUCAUUUACUUUUACUUAAAAGUAUCCAAGGAAAUCUUUUAACUUUAACCUCAAUUUCUUCCUAAAGGUAGGAUGAGUGAUAUAUACAGUGUUUUGAGGGCAUAGGUAUAUAUAUUUUUCAGAACUUGGAGGAAAUCUCUUACUUAAGCUUAUGAAUAUAUAACUAUCUGUUGCUGUUGUAAAAAUGUUGAAAGGAAACUAAAUGUAGAUAAAUACGUGGUUAUUGGUGGAUAUUGCCCUCCACCUUUAUAGUAUUUUUCCUCCAAUAGGGCAGACAGUUUUAUGACUGUUUUUCUUUAGGUGGUUGAUUGUGAAGGGGGACAAAAAUAUUAACCAUAUGCUUCUGAGACAAAAGUUGCACAAGUUGCAGCCUUGGUUUAAGGACCGAAAUACCGCUUU